ACGGUGAACACACGCGGGCACGCGCCUCCUCCGCGCCACUGUCAAACACAGUGGAGGUUGUGUUCAGGUGCAGGCGGCCAGCAGAGCUCACACAGUCAGUCAACGCGACAGUCGCCCUGAACUCAUCACCGCGGUAUUUCUUUUUCCUCGUUGACUUUCGGCUCAGCGGGAUUUGCGCCGGUCCACAUCCACCAGCGGCAGCAGCGUCAUGCCGUCCCUGCGUCACUCCUACACGGUGACGGUGCUCGAGGAGCCGGCCGACCUGCCCCUGGACAGACCCGAGCUGCCGCGCAAGAGUCCGUCGUUGUCCCGCUCCGCGCUCGUGUCCACGUUCAUGGGUCUGAUCAUCAACCAGGCCAAGAACAAGAGUCUUCAGGGCCUGGUGGGACUGAAGAACCUGGGCAACACGUGUUUCAUGAACUCCAUCCUACAAUGUCUGAGCAACACUCCAGAGCUGAGAGAUUACUGCCUGAGGAACGUCCAUCGCGCGGACCUCAACAACAACUGCAGCACGAGCGCUGCGCUCAUGGAAGAGUUUGCAAAAGUCACUCAAAGCCUGUGGACGUCCGCGAACAAAGAGGCCGUCAGUCCGUCGGACUUCAGGAACCAGAUCCAGAGAUACGCUCCCAAGUUUGUGGGCUGCAAUCAGCAGGACGCCCAGGAGUUUCUGCGUAUGCUACUGGACGGUCUCCACAAUGACGUGAACAGAGUGACAGUCCGCCCCAAGGUGUCGGCGCAUGACUUCGACCACCUCUCGGACGAUGAAAAGGGCAAGCGGAUGUGGAACAUGUACCUGGAGAGAGAGGACAGCAAGGUGGUGGAUCUAUUUGUCGGGCAGCUGAAAAGUUCCCUGACCUGCUCCGUCUGUGGUUUCCGCUCCACUGUGUUUGAUCCCUUCUGGGACUUAUCAAUACCCAUUGCACAGAAGAGCUCCGGCGAAGUGACUCUGAAAGAGUGUCUGCGUCUCUUCACAAAGGAAGACGUGCUGGACGGGGACGAGAGGCCGACAUGCAAGAGAUGCAAGGCCAGAAGGAAAUGCACCAAACGUUUCUGCAUCCAGAAGUUCCCUCAGAUCCUCGUGCUUCACCUGAAGCGCUUCUCCGACUCCAACAUCCGAGCCAGCAAACUCUCCACCUACGUCAACUUCCCCCUCAAGGAGCUGGACCUGCGGGAGUUUGCCUCCGAGAGCAGCGAGCGUCCCGUGUACAACCUGUACGCAGUUUCCAACCACUCCGGAAAUGCUCUGGGAGGCCAUUACACAGCGUACUGCAGGAACCCGGCACUGGGGGAGUGGCACAGCUACAACGACACCAGGGUGAGCCCCAUUCCCUCCAGCCAGGUUCGCAGCAGCAACGCCUACGUGCUCUUCUACGAGCUGGCCGCUUCCCCGCACGGCAAAUAUCAGACGUGUCGCCUCUAAAGCGCUGCGGAGGAGGAGGAGGAGGAGGAGGAGGAGGAGGAGGAGCGACGCCGAGCACCGUGCGAGAACUCAGACGGACGCUGCCCGACGUGGGGAGAGGGCGCCGCCCGGUGGAGAAUGUCCUGCACUCACAGACUGUGAAGGUGGAGCACAGAGGCAAGUUGCUGAGGGGAAAGAGAAAAACGCCAUGCAACUUUUGAAGAGGUGGACGUGAAGGCGCUUUUGCUCUGAGGCCACAUAUCACGGGGGAACUGAACUGACGCCGGGGAAAUAUUGGCAGUACGAGAGAUUCGGCGAAGCUGCCGCGGCGAAAGUGAAGCAGAGGACUCUGGAAAAUGGUUUAGUUCUAUCUUAUUAUAGUUUAUUUUUCAUUAUUAAGAAGACAUUUUACAGCUCGUCCUGGACCGGAAUCUGUACCUUUUCUUGUCAGUUGUGUGGUCGUGUCCCCCCCCCCCCACACACACACACACUUUGAACACGGACUUUUAACUUUCAGGGGCCUUGAAAAAUGUCCCACACGCUGACUGCAAGGUAUAAUUUACUCUAUUUAAUAUGAUGCCAGUCGUUAACAAUGGCUCACGCUCGUCCUCUCAGAACAGUGGAAACACCCACAGGGGAUGUUCAAUGUCAAAGCACAUUUUAUUUUUGUACAGUAUUUAUGGGGCAGCGCGUUGAAUGUAGAAAAAAGAACAUACCAAAGCAGCUGUGUGAACGUGCAUCAGUAAUACUUCCUCCGGGAAAUACAGGUGCUGCCUUUACGUCUAAGCCAGUUUCAGAAUCGAUAAAGCUCUAGACGUCGACUUACGCAGCAUCAUGUGUUCAUUUUUAUUUUAUUUUUACUGUUAUUUAUCCAGCCAUCCAAAAUGGAAGCUGGGGAAGACUUCAUUGAGUGUACUACCAAUAAUAAAAAAAAAAAACAUCA